CAGUGCUAGUAUUAUAUCAAAUUAUAUAAUAAACGAAUUAGUAAAUAUCGAAACAUAUUAUUAUACACUUAGACUUCUCUUUUGUAACCAAACUAGCCAAAAAUGUCUGAAGAAACAGAUUUUAGCAAAACAAUUAAAAUUGAACCGUUUGAUGAUUAUCCUCAAGUGAAACAGGAAUUUGAUGAUUAUGAAAAUACAUCAGAUUUGUAUACGAAUAAUGAUAAUAUAUGUCUGCAGCAAUUUCUAAAAUCCGAGGUUACAAUUGACGAGGAAAUAAAACAAGAGACGAUUGAUGACCAAGAUGAAAGUUCUUAUGUAUGUAACGAAGAAAUCAAUACAUCAAGAAAUUUAGUGCAUAGCAUCAAUAAGUCAUUUGAAAAAGUUUCAGGCAAAAGGGAAACAACUAAAAACUUGAAAUCAUAUAAAUGUAAAUCAUGCAGUAAAAUAUUCACAACAAAAAAUAGCUUGAAGAGACAUGAAGCGAUUCACUCUGGGGAACGGCCUCAUGAGUGCAAAAUAUGCAAAAAAAGAUUUUUACAGUCAUAUAGAUUAAGAGAGCAUUUAUCAGUGCAUACUGAAGAAUGCCCGUAUAUCUGUGAAAUAUGCAAUAAAACAUUCACAGCAAAAAAUAGCUUAAUCCGACAUGAAAUGAUCCACACUGGAGAACGGCUUCAUGAGUGCAAAAUAUGCAAUAAAAGAUUUGCACUGAUAAGUAAUUUAAGAAAGCAUUCAUCAGUGCAUACUGAAGAACGUGCUUAUGGUUGUGAAAUAUGCAAUAAAAAAUUCAAAACAAAACAUACAUUAACUCAACAUAAAAUAGUACAUACUGGAGAACGGCCUUAUGAGUGUAAUAUAUGCAAUCAAAGAUUUUCACAGUCAAGUACUUUAAGAAACCAUUUAACAGUGCAUUCUGGUGAACGUCCUUACUCAUGUGAAAUAUGUAAUAAAACGUUCAGAAUGAAAAGCUUGUUAAAAAGACAUGAAGAGGUUCAUUCUGGAGAACGCUCUUAUGAGUGCAAAAUAUGCAAUAAAAGAUUUGCACUGAUAAGUAAUUUAAGAAAGCAUUCAUUAGUGCAUACUGAAGAAAGACCUUAUGAAUGUGAGACGUGCAAUAAAACAUUCAAAACAAAACCUAUAUUAAUGCAACAUGAAAGAAGAAAACAUACUAGAAAACAAACUGUAAUAAAAAAGUCAACAAAACUGUUGAAUCAGUCAAGAAACUGCCUGACCUAAUAAUCCUUAUCCAUUACACAACUUAUAUUGAUUUACCAUAUUAAUUGCACUUUAUUUAAUAUAUAUUUCAGCAACAACUGUGUUAUUCAUAAUCGGUGAAUUGUAUGUAAUAAUAUCA